AUGUCAUGAUAUGAAAGGAGGAUAUUUAGAAGAUAAACAUACACAAGGAUGUCAAACAAAUGAACCUUGUUAUCGAUUUUUUCGUUGGCAUCUAAUUGAUAUAUUCACUUAUUUUUCUCAUGAACUUGUUACUAUUCCACCGUUAGUUUGGAUCAAUUGUGCACAUAAAAAUGGUGUUCAAAUACUUGGUACAUUUAUAACUGAAUUCGAUAAUGGAAAAGAUAUAUGUCGUCAUUUAUUAGCAUCUGAUGAAAAUGUUGAUCGAGUAGUUGAUGCUCUUGCAUUACUUAUGGCAUGGUAUAAUUUUGAUGGAUAUUUAUUAAAUAUUGAAAAUCCAAUUGAACCAGAAUAUAUUGAACGUCUUCUUUCAUUUGUUUCAAAACUUAAAAUAGCUUGUUCAAAAAUUGAUCGAAAUAGUUUAAUUAUUUGGUAUGAUAGUGUAACAAUUCAUGGUGAAUUAAAAUGGCAAAAUCAAUUAAAUGAAUUAAAUAUGCCAUUUUUUGAUGCUUGUGAUGGAAUAUUUUUAAAUUAUACAUGGAAAUCAGAAAUGCUUAUACAAUCGAAAAUAAACGCUCGAGAACGCUAUCGAGAUGUUUUUGUUGGUAUUGAUGUUUUUGGUCGAGGAUGUUUUGGUGGUGGUGGUUUUAAUACAUGUGAAGCAAUGUCUGUGAGUUAUACAAAUGAUUUAAGUACAGCUUUAUUUGCACCUGGUUGGCUGUUUGAAACACUUGAUACUAAUGAAUUUCUCGAAAAUGAUAGAAAAUUCUGGAAUUUAUUAGAACCAUAUACAAGUCAAAGAAUUCUUCAUAUGAAAUCGUUGACAACUUAUUUUUCUGAUGGUUUUGGCGAGAACUUUUUCAUUAGUGGCUUAAAUUUAGCGACAAAUCCGUGGUAUAAUCUUAGUUUACAAUCUUAUUUACCAAAUGUAUUAAGCGAAAAUAAAUGGUUAAUUAAACAUGAUGAUGCUUAUUUCGGUGGAUCAUAUAUUCAAAUUAAAGGAAAUACCGAAGGUUAUUCUAAAUUAUUUAAAUGUUUAAUUCCUAUUGAAUCAAUUUGUGAAAUUGUAUUAGUUUUUAAAAAUAUUGAUAAUAUUAUACCUGAACUUAAAUUUGAUAAUGGAACAUUCAUUCAUUUAUAUAAAAGUGAAAAGGAUUUAAUCAUUCGGAAUUGGAGACAAAAAACAUAUCGAGUUAGUGUAAAUGAACGAAAAUCGAUUACUGAUAUAUCGAUUUGUUAUGAAAAGAAUGUAGAUUCAAUUAUUAAACUUGGCUAUUUAUCAAUUCGUCCUAUUGAAUCUGGUUGUUCAAAAAUCGAAUUAUCAUCACGAUUGAUUCAAUCAAUUGAACAUAAUUCAAAUUCAUCCAUGACUUUACAUUUUGGUGAUUUUAUUCAAGAACAAAUAUCGUCAAUAAUAUUAAUUUUUGUACGUGAUCAAUUUGAACAAUAUACAUUUCUUGGUGCUACACAUCAAACAUAUUUUGUUAUUUUUAAAUCAGAAAUAAUCGAUGAUAAACAAGAAUAUUCAACAUUAAUUGUUCGACAUUAUUCACUUGAUAGUUUAGAUUUAAUUAAUGAAACAAUUCUUCGAUUACCAAUAGCAUAUAAUUGUUUAAAAAGCUUUUACUUAGAAAAAUCUUCUUAA